AUGGAAUAUCAAACUAACAACUGCCUUAACCAAUUCAGGAAUUUAGGCUUUACAGGUGCUAAGCCAUUUCAAUCACUAAUGGAGGUCAACAAAAAAUUGACUUCACUUGAAUUUGAUCAGCAUAUACAGGAUGAUAGUGAUCGAUUAUUGAUAGGAAGGCUCCUAUAUUUGACCAUCACUCGACUAGAUAUUGCAUUUUCCGUUCAAUGCCUCAGUCAGUAUAUGCAUUCUCCUAAAGUGUCUCAUAUGGUUGCUGCAGCAAGGGUGGUCAAGUAUGUGAAACAAUCUCCAGGCCUUGGUGUUUUCAUGUCAGCCUGUGCUGAUAUUAAUCUCACAGCAUACUGUGAUGUUGAUUGGGCAUCUUGUGUUAGUACAAGAAGGUCAGUCACUGGUUUUUUGCUUAAACUUGGCGACUCACCUAUCUCCUGGAAAUCCAAGAAACAGUCCACCAUCUCUAGGAGCUCAGCAGAACCUGAGUAUAGGAGCUUAGCCUCCACUGUAGCUGAACUUGUUUGGUUGAGGGGGUUACUUUCAGAGCUUGGAGUUGGUCUUAAUGGUCCUAUAACUGUGUUUUGUGAUAGCAAGUCUGCGAUCCAAAUUGCCACUAAUCCUGUUUUCCAUGAACGUACCAAACACAUUGACAUUGAUUGUCACUUCAUCAGAGAAAAGGUGCAAAUGGGCUUGGUGAAGCUGUUGCAUAUUCCACUAUUGAACAACAGGCUGAUAUCCUUACCAAAGGACUUGGUAUUGGUCAACAUACUUAUUUGGUGUCCAAGCUAG